AUGUUCAAAUACGUUGUCCCCAGAUCAUUAGCUAGAUCCACCAUCGUUAGUAAACGGUUUUCAUCUAUCAUUUCCGUCCACAGAGACAUAAAAGAAGAUAACCCAUCAAUUAGCUUUGAGUUCAAUGCCGAAAACAAAGAAAGAGUCAAAUCCAUCAUUGCCAAAUACCCUCCACAAUAUAAGAAAGGUGCAGUGAUGCCUUUAUUGGAUUUAGCUCAACGUCAAUUGGGAUUUACCUCCAUUAGUGCUAUGAAUUAUGUUGCCAAAUUAUUGGACAUGCCUCCUAUGAGAGUUUAUGAGGUUGCUACCUUCUAUACCAUGUACAAUAGGAAACCAAUGGGUAAGUACAAUAUUCAAGUUUGUACCACUACCCCAUGUCAAUUAUGUGGAUCUGAUGGUAUUAUGAAAGCUGUCACAGAUUUCUUACAAAUCAAACCUGGUCAAACUACUAAAGAUAAUUUAUUCACUUUACAUGAAGUUGAAUGUUUGGGUGCUUGUGUCAAUGCUCCUAUGAUCGCUGUUAAUGACGAUUUCAUUGAAGAUUUGACUCCCGAAGCAACCGUUGACGUAUUGAAGAAAUUACAAUCUGGUGAAGCUUUGAAAUCCAUCGGGCCUGUUUCCGGAAGAGCAUCUUGCGAGCCAUUCUCUGGCCCUAAGGUUUUAUUAGGAGAACAACCUAAUGAUGUUAGAAAGCAAAUCCAAGAAGCAUUGGCUUAA